AUGAGUCCUACACAAUAUACAACGUCGUUUUCGGUAACGCGGGCUGGCCCCGUCCCGCCUGAGCUGGGAAACCUCUCAGCACUGAAGUAUCUCGUCCUUGGCCGAAACAAGCUUAGCGCUCUCUGGGACCACACCCAAGACGUUCAUGGUGCCGGCCUUGAGGAGGGAAGCGACAGAGGACGAAUCCCUAGCCAGCUGUGCCGGUUGCUGGACGUCUUCGAUAGCACUUUUCUCUCUGUCAAGGACAACCCAUGGGCUGAACCGCCAGAAUGCAUUGUGGACAAAGGCGCCAAAGACAUCAAAGGAUAUUUCGAGGACCUAUACGCUGACCCCUGCCGGAUCCAGCGCAACAGCAUCAAGAUCAUUCUAGUCGGGCAGGAAGGCGCGGGGAAAACGAGCUUGCGCCAGAGUAUGAAAGCCAACCAAGCAGCUCCUACGGGCGAGCGGAAGGAGGAAAGUACGGUAUUUGCCGACGUCGAGUCCAUGGUGCUAAAUGGUGCAUCUGUUCGGGUUUACGACUGCGCCGGACAGGUGGCCUACACGGGGCUGCUGCACAUGUUCCUGACACCACGGUCUGUAUGCGUGCUGGUGUGCAACGCGGAGGCGUUCGGAAACACGGGCGGCGGGAUCGGCAGUAAGGUAGAGAACGACUGUCGCAAGCUGGAAGAGUUGUGCGUGUGUGACUGGCUGCGAUGCAUCUCUCGGAGGGUUCCCUACAACGAGGUUAUCCUCGUCGCCACAAAGUGUGAUCUCGUGGGUGGGAGGGCUAGGGAAUUCGGUCGGAGAAUGGAAGAGUCCUGCCGAACGUGGCUGGCAAGCUGGGUUCGCAGCGGUAUGCAGCCCGUUAGGGUGGAGGAUGACGUUUCUUUAACGAGCUGCUGCUCAACAACACUGUACGACGGCAUUUGCCUACCAAGCUGCUGCUCGACCACAAUGAAUGGACAAGGAGAGGGUGGCAGUGGACCUCAGGCUUCGGGAGGGCGUUGGGCGCGCGAUUGGCGGGAUAAUAUGGACCAGAACCCUUCACCCGGUCUGGUAGACCGCCUAGUGAACAAGCGCCACGAUGGUCUUCGAGGAGCUCAGAUGGUGCUUCCUCGCAGCUGGGACACCGCUGUUACUUUCCUUGAAGCUCUCGACCGGGGACGGGACCCCGUGGAGAUGACAGUGCCGACGUUGGUCGACUCUGGCGAAGAAGGCGCGGAAACGGUAGAGCCCAAGCUAGACGUGUAUCAGGGAAUCACGGUGGAAGAGCUCAGGGCCAUAUGGCAGGAGACGGUCCUUGAGCUUAAGCCAAAAGGCUUGACAGUCACUAAUGCCGAGAACGCGUUGGAAGGAGCGCUGUCGAUCAGGGAGUUCGAUGGAUCCCUCGUUCGCCACGACAAGUUCGUCUUUGUGGACGUGGUUUGGCUCCCCAAAAUCCUGAAACCCUUGCUGAACCACAAGGACAAAGAGACCUUCGACGGGUCUGUGAAGCUUGGGGACGCAAGCGACGCGCGAAUUACCCUGGACGCCCCCUCGGACAUUGUUUCGUCGCACAGACUCAAGAGAGAGGGAAUACUGGAGCCCAGGUUGGCGCGAGUGAUCUGGCCUGCCGGCCUGUCCGGGCACGUUUUGCCCACUCUUGCAUCCCUGGGUCUCACGUUUCCGCUCGAAAACGACCCCGCGGAGGGUCUGGUAGUUCUGCUUAGGCUAAAGACAGGCCACCCCGAGCGUGUCGGCAAAGUGGUCGACACGUUCCGAUCGGGCCUCAUACCUGCACUCACCGCCAGUUGGAAGAUUUUCCUUGGUGUACCGCCCGGUACGAUCGAAAAGGUUUUGACGCGAUGCUGCAUCCUUGGUGGUGUGCAGACGUUUUGGCGGUCCGGGGUGCUCGUGCAUGGUCGCCUCGGCGACGGAGACGAGAGCGGAACGUUUGCAGUGGUGGUACAGUAUUCGUCCUACGGCAACGAACUCACCGCUCAGGUGUACGGCGAUAGAAGCAGUCCUGCCCCGUGGACGGCGCUGUCAUACGUCAUCUCCGUCGUAAGAGUUUUUUUGGAGUGCCCUCAACACGGCGACGCGAUGCCCUUGGCUGACACGGCAACUCGCGCUGGAGACAACCUUCUGGACAGCACUGGAUGCCCACAAUGUAGUCCCGAGAUUGGGGGACUAGGGGCGGCGGCCGUUGAAUUUGUACGCAUGGUCGACAUCCGACUUGACCGAGGCGUGAUUUUCCAAGAUUUCGAGGCAAGGGUUGCCAACAUGGAGGGCCGAUACACAUUCUCUGGUCCGUCGGCGAACUCCCAGGGCGAGGAGGCGUUGCUUGAAAGGAUUGCCGCCACUGUGGAUCGGAUUGAGGGAGGCAUCCAGGAAAACCUCAUGUGCCUCAAGAGGUUGCAGGCCCCCAACUAUCCUUACCCGCACAUGGUGGUGGUGAAGAGAAUCGAGACUCAGGGGAAGAGGAGCCCCCUCAGCAAGCUUCGCGGCCUAGCGAUGAAGGACAUGACGCUGCACUUCUUAUGCCCGGUCGACAUGGAAAAUGUACCAUGCGGCAUGAACGGCGAAGGCUACCGGUUUCGCGAGAGGCGCAACUGGGUCAAGAAGAUUGCGCCUGUUCUGCAGGUGGCAGUGGUGACCGCGAAGGUUGCACUGAAAGCAGCGGGGGGGCUGGACGUGGAUAUCUCGGACUUCCUGCAGGCCGUCAAGGAUGGGCUGGUCGAGGAGAUAGUAGACGUCGCUCUCGACGAGGAGGCCCUCUUCCGUGUUGUCAAUAGGGACGAGAACGCCGGGGCUGGCAUGCAACGGGAUGCAAGCGCGUCGUACGGAGUCUUGAAAGAGUUCAUGGAGAAGAAACUCGACAGAGGGGAGAACACCAAGGGCCUCGACGGUUACAUAGACUUUCGGGAGAAGAUGCAGCGCGUCAGUGACGGACGGGGAGGAAUGGUAUGGGUUCGUACAGAAAAUGUUCGAAAGUGGCGAGACUCACUCUCUUCUGCUGCACCAUCGAGGUAG